AUGAGUUUGAUUAGCAGUUUAGCGUGGGUUAAGAGGGGAAUCGCAGAGGAGCAUCCAAAGAAAUAUGAGUUAGAUGAUAAGGAAAUGGAGCGUAUCUCAGCGUUGGCUAAGGUGGAAUUGGAAGAUGCUCAGACUGAAUUGGCCAGGGCGGAGAAAGAAGCAAACGAAAUGGAUGAAAGGAGAGCAAAGGACGAGGGAAUGGAUGUUGAGAAUGAUAAGGAUGAUGAGGAGAAUGAGGAGAAUGAGCAGGCUGAAGAGGAUGAGAGCAUGAGCGGUGAUGAUGAUAACACCCACAAGCAACAGAAGAAAGAUCCAAAUGACUUAUCCGAGUACAAUUUGGACAAUUAUGAUCAGGAGGACAACAAUACGGGUGCCCUCGGCGCUUUCUCAAAUAUGAAAGGCCUUUCUUACUACAAAAACCCUGAAGAAGACCCGUACGUCACUCUCACUCAAGAGGAAAAGAAAGAAGAAGAAGAUGAAAUUAGAGAAGAAUUGCAAGUUCUUCCUUCAGAUAACAUGCUCGUGUCUGCAAAGACUGAGGAUGACCUGUCUAUCUUAGAAGUACACGUUUAUGACGAUUCCCAGGAGAAUUUAUACGUGCAUCACGAUCUCAUGCUGCCAUCGUUUCCUCUCUGCUUAGAAUGGUUGGACUACGCUCCAGGUACAGGUGCACCAGGUAACUUGAUUGCUGUUGGUACUUUCGAGCCUGAAAUUGAGAUCUGGUCACUCGAUAAGAUCGAUGGGAUGUAUCCAGACACUAUCUUGGGCAAACUUGAACAAGGCAAGUCUGCAAAGUUGUCUGCACCUGCUGCCGGUACUGGUAAGAAGAAGUCAAAGCUCACCAAGGCAAAUGAUGAGUACCACACGGAUGCCAUCUUAUCACUCAGUUGGAACAAAUUGCAUAGAAAUAUUUUAGCAUCUGGUUCAGCUGAUCACACGGUCAAGUUAUGGGACUUAAACACAUCCAAAGCUCUUAGGAGCUUCAACCCACACAACGAGAAAGUGCAAUCUUUGCAGUGGAACGAAGAGCAGGGUGAAGUACUUUUAACAGGUGGUUACGACAAAACAGUUAGGACUUUUGAUACUAGAUCACCUAAUGAUGGUGUUGGUUGUCUAGUUUCUGCUGAUGUUGAAGUGUGUAAAUGGGAUCCAUUCAUCAGUCACAACUUCUACGUAUCCACUGAAAACGGUUUAGUACAGCAGUUUGAUGCUAGAAAUCUUUCAUCCGUCAAGCAUGGUGAGAGGGUGUCCAGUGAAUCACAAGCUAUUUUCACAUUAGCUGCCCACGACGGUGCGACAUCAGCUCUUGACAUCAACCCACACUUCAAAGGCUGUUUGGCUACCGGUGGUACUGACAAACAAAUCAAAAUUUGGAACAUAGAUCAAUCAGAAGAUAACCUUAAUAAUGUCACCUUAACUACAUCAAGAGAUAUGGAUAUUGGUAGAAUAUUUAAUGUUUCUUUCAGUCCUGACGACCCACUCGUCUUGGCUGCUGGUGGCUCCAAAGCCAAACUGCAAGUAUGGGAUAUUGGUACAAAUGCAAAUGUAAGAAAUGCCUUCUCAGGUCGUAUCAGCAACUAUCAAGAACGCCAACGUCAGAAUGAUGGUGUCGUUGGUGUACAGUCGGACAAUGAUGAGGAUGAUUAUGAGGAUGAAUAG